AUGGAGGAUGCCGAUCAAGAAAGGUCAGGAUCACUAGUGGUUGACGGGAACACGUUGGUGGCCAUGUGCCUGGCGCAUGCCGGCGUAGAUAGGAUGUUUGGGGUUGUGGGAAUCCCUGUUACAUCACUCGCGAAUCGUGAUGUGGCUUUAGGGGUCCGCGUCAUUGAUUGGUCUGUUGCCGGACGACCUGGUGGGACUUACUUGGACCUCCCGACGGAUGUGCUUUACCAAACAAUUUCGGAAUCUGAGGCCGAGAGAUUAAUUAUCCAAGCUGGGGCAGCAUAUGCUAGAGCUGAAAAUGCAUUGAGGAAACUAGUGGAGAGCACUGGAAUUCCAAUUUUGCCUAUCCCUAUGGGGAAGGGGUUGCUUUCAGAUGACCACCAGCUAGCAGCCACUGCUGCCAGGUCAAUGGCUAUUGGAAAAUGUGAUGUGGCAUUGGUGGUUGGCGCUUGGCUUAACUGGUUGUUGCAUUUUGGGGAGCCACCCAAGUGGUCAAAAGAUGUGAAGUUUAUACUUGUUGAUAUAUAUAAGGACGAAAUUGAGUUGAGAAAGCCAACUUUGGGCAUAUUGGGGGAUGCAAAAGAUGUAUUAGAAAAGUUACAUAAGGAGAUUAACGAUGGUCCAUUUUGUUUGGGGAAGACUCACCUUUGGGUUGAGGCAAUAAAGAAUAAAGUUAAGGAGAAUGUGGCGAAAAUGGAGGUACAGCUGGCAAAUGAGGUAAUGCCCUUCAAUUUUUUGACGCCUAUGAAGAUUAUUAGGGAUGCCAUAUUGGGGAUGGGCAGUCCUGCUCCCAUACUAGUUUCUGAAGGAGCUAAUACCAUGGACGUUGGUCGCUCCGUACUGGUUCAGAUAGAGCUUAGAACGAGGUUGGAUGUAGGGACUUGGGGGACAAUGGGGGUUGGUCUUGGAUACUGCAUUGCCGCUGUAGUGGCAUCACCUGAUCGGCUAGUUGUGGCUGUUGAAGGUGACUCGGGAUUUGGGUUCAGUGCGAUGGAAGUCGAGGUUUUGGUUCGAUAUCAGUUGCCUAUGGUGGUUGUGGUCUUCAACAAUGGUGGAGUUUAUGGUGGUGAGAGGAGGAACCCUGACGAAAUAACGGGUCCUUACAAGGACGACCCAGCACCUACUUCUUUUGUCCCUGGCUGGCGCAGCAUAUUAGUUCUCCUUGAAGCUUUUGGAGGAAAGGGUUAUCUUGCUGGAACCCCAGAUGAACUUAAAACAACGCUUGCUGAAUCUUUUUCAGCACGAAGACCUACUGUCAUAAAUGUUACCAUCGAUCCAUAUGCUGGUGUAGAAAGUGGAAGACUGCAUCACAAAAACUGA